CCGUCCAUGUGUGACCUGUGUUGUCUUUGCAUGUGAGCAAAAGCACCAGUCAAGCCAAGUCAGUUUAACACGGUCCGCAAACGGGCCGCAUGUUCUCUUGCAGCGUGAUCUCUUGUGUUAAAUGCUUCCAACUGUGACAUCAUAGUAUGCAUACAAUUGUACGCGCCCUUGUAAAGAAUCGUAAAAAGCGAAACUUUAGACAUAUAUUUAGCCUUACAUCAGUAUGGAAUCCAAAGAUAAAUGCAGAAACAAGGAUCAAAGUUGAAGAAUUCUGGAAGGACAAGAUUAAUCGCACCCCACCCGAACAUGUGGAUCCGGACAAAAAAAUGUAUGUUCUGUCUAUGUUCCCAUACCCCUCUGGACAGCUGCACCUUGGACAUGUUCGUGUAUACACCAUCAGCGACACAUACGCCCGCUUAUACACCAUGCAUGGAAAACAGGUCAUCCAUCCUAUGGGCUGGGACAGUUUUGGCUUGCCAGCAGAAAAUGCAGCUGUGGAAAGGAAUGAGAAUCCCAGAGUAUGGACAGAAAGGAAUAUUCAGUCAAUGAAAAAACAGCUCAAGGAUCUAAACUUCAACUUUGACUGGAGUAAGGAGCUGUCAACAUGUGAUCCAAAAUACUACAAGUGGACCCAGUACCUCUUCCUCAAGCUUUAUGAGAAAGGAUUGGUUUACUGUAGAAAUGCGGUUGUCCACUGGGACCCUGUGGACCAGACAGUGCUGGCAGAUGAGCAGGUAGAUGCUGAAGGCCGCUCUUGGCGUUCGGGUGCCAAAGUGGAAAAGAAAAACCUCCGGCAGUGGUUCAUUCGCACUACCUAUCUUUCCAAGGACCUUCUCUUGGGUCUUCGUGACUCUGAACGUAACAAUUGGGAUGAGGUGGGUCCCCUUCAGCGUGGCUGGAUUGGAGAUUGCACAGGAUUUUCAUUUGAAUGGAGUGUCAUCGACAACAGUGGGAACCCUCAUUCAGACCUUUUGCGUGUGUGGACUGAGGAGCCUGAGUUCUUGGGUGCAGUGACAUUUGUGGCCCUCUCACCAGACCACAGCAUGGCAUUGUCCAUUGAAAAUUGCUCUAGCAGUGCUACAGGAAAGGCGAAAUAUUAUGCACUCAACCCCAUCUCGGGAAAGAAAAUUCCAGUGCUGGUGUCCAACAAUUUUGAGUUUCCUCGGGCUACUAAUUGCCAUUUGGGAACUCCCAGUCUGAGCAAAGAGGACCUCACAUUUGCCAUUCAACAUGAUAUUGAAGUGAUCAAGGUUGUUGAUGAUGAUGACCCAACACAUCUGAUCAACUCAGGCACGCUGACAGGCCUGUCUGCCAAGGCUGCACGAUUGCAAGUGUGCCAGCAGGCACAGCAACAGGGCCGGGGCGGCUACCCUUGCAGUAGUCACCUCAAGGAUUGGCUUAUCUCAAGGCAACGCUACUGGGGUACGCCCAUCCCCAUCAUACACUGCACAGCUUGUGGGGUUGUUCCCGUACCAUAUGAGCAACUUCCAGUUGAGUUACCUGCUUUGGACAAAGUGACCAAAGAAGGUGUUUCACCAUUGUGUGGUGCCCAUGAUUGGCUCAGCACACCAUGUCCCAGGUGUCAUGGACCAGCAACACGUGAAACAGACACCAUGGACACAUUUGUGGACAGUUCCUGGUAUUACCUGCGCUUUCUUGACCCAAAAAAUGAGCAGAACAUUGUUGAUCCAGCCAUGUCACGUGAACGGAUGCCUGUUGACCUCUACAUUGGUGGCCUUGAGCAUGCUGUGAUGCAUCUGUAUUAUGCUCGCUUCAUCAACCACUUCUGUCAUAGCCUGGGCUUGACGGAAGCCAAAGAGCCAUUUGUCAGGAUGCUCGUGCAUGGAAUGGUGGUGAACGAAACUUUCAAGCUUUCCAGCACUGGCCGAUACCUGCCUCGUGAUAUGGUAGCUCAGAAGGGGACCAAGCUGUACCACAAGGAAACUGGAGAGCCAGUUCUUAUGGACUGGGAAAAAAUGAGCAAGUCGAAGCACAAUGGUGUUAAGCCAGAGGAUAUAGUGUCAGAACAUGGCAUAGACACUACUAGAUUGUUCAUCCUCUGUGCCUACUCCCCAACAUCACGCUACAAAUGGCCCAGUCCUGCAUUUCGUGGAAUUGUCAGCUGGCAGGAGCGUCUGUGGCUGACUGUGCAUGAUUUCCGGAAUAGUGUGCAUCGAUCACUGGAGGAGGCACAGUCAAGUCCAGAAUUUGCAGACCGAGAAGCAUACUACUACGAGGGCAGAAAUCACCAUGUAAAAAAUGUGACGUUCAUGUACAAUGUAACGCGGCAACUCAACCUAGUCAUCAAGGACCUCCAGAUAUAUACAAAACAUUUGCGGCAUAACAACACGUACAGACCUACCCAGCUAUGCUUGCAAAUGUGACUGGCAGCCUUUGGGAACAGCCAUGACGUAUGUACAAAUGUUGGCACAGCGCUGUGUCACCAGUUGCCGCUUAUUGUGGAUGCGCUGUGCGAAGUGAACAGUAGUUGAUAUCUAAUUGCUAUAUUGCCACAAGUGAACUAAAAGAGCAGUUUCCUUCAUCGUAACCACUUAUUUUUAAGUUCAGGUCCAUCAGUUGCAGGUGCACGAAUUUGACGGGGCCGGGAUUAACCCAACCUUCGCUAAAUGGGGUCAACAUUGGCUCAUACUUCAUGUGCACAGCUUGAGAGGACUGAAGCUUGGGCAUUUCAACUUCGAAGGCAUGUUUCGACUCAAGGCACUGUGGCUAUCGCAUUGUCAGUUCGAUGGCCGAUCGCGCGGGGUUCAGUCGAGCGGUCAUGGUCGGCAGGCUGAUUUUGUCGUUGUCGUCAACAAGAAAGCCUGUUGCACUACAACAACUUGCACCCAUCGGUUGCAUUGUUGUCGGCCUAUUAGAAUAAGAAUGGUCUCAGCAACACACUGUGCUGAAUAGUUGAUGUCAGCUUCUUGUCAGUCUCGUAUUGACCCAGUGUUACUGCACGUUAAACAAGUACCUGGAGUUAGACAGGUGCUGCCACCACCAGCAAGAGAGGGCUGACGCUGCAAGAAGACUGUCGGCAAUGUGAUGUUCUUGAAGUGUUGCCCAAGUGUAGUGCAGGGGUUUAUCGAUAAAUUUGCUAGCCAUCAAUGCAAGGCGCCAAUUACGUGGUUCAUGGUGCAGUCUGGACGAAGCCCUGGCCGCUUUCUGUUUUAAAGUGGAGUUGCAGUCAACACGUUUUCGGCAUUUUCGGUGCAUUUUUCUUUUACCUAGGGAGUUUCCCCUGAUAGCAGGCCGCGCAGCCGCGCGCACGUCCCUUACAAAACGUUUUGCGACUAAUCCACUAGGGCAAGGCACACGUGCCAUCACACCAUGAAAAAGGCAUAUUGGCAACUGGCCGCUUGCAUACUAAUACUCUGUCUUCACUAGUCUGUGGCCUGUCAAACACGCACACAUAAAAUAAGGCUUGCUUAGUGUUGGUAAUCAGCAUAGUUGACAUUGCAAAGCAGUGAUAACUUGUGCAUUUGCUUUCGUAUUUUCACUACCUGUGGCGAGUUAACUAUUUACUCUUUUUGCAUAAAGCACUCUUUCAUAAACGUACUUUGUAGCAUGACGUCAUGAGCUUGAUUUAGCU